UAGUGUACAUCAAAUCUCAGCAGAACAUCCUCUGGUGAGAGCUCCAACUCUAGUGUGGCAAAUGGCUGUGUGUCCACCUCAUAACUGUGCAUGUCUCCUGCUGGUGCUGGCGGCCGUCACCAUCACCGUCACCACAGGGCAGAACUCAGCGAUAGUGUUUCCGGGGGUGAGGGAAGAAGAUUGCACCGUCGGACGCUGCCUCCCCGCCGACGAGUGUCAUCUCAGUCUUUCGGUGGCCAAGAUAUGUGGCCUCCAGGACCAGACCCUCUACGUUUGUUGCCCCGCCAAGCCGCAAGAACCAGAGAAUACUUCAGGAUCGAAUACCGUCUCGUCCCCUGUCAUUGAUUUCGAAUGUGGGCACCUGGCGAGUCGUUCCCCUCCGCCUGACCAUCCUCGGGCGGCGCGGUCUCUUGGUGGCGUGGCUGUCUCGCCCACCACUUCUUGGCCCUGGGUGGCACUGGUGGGGAUUCGUGACGAGAACGGCCAGAACGCACAGUGGCGUUGCGUGGGCAGUCUUGUUCACCCCCAGUGGGUGCUCACUGCCCUCCACUGCUUCUUCAGCGAAUUAUUCAACGUGGUCCGUCUGGAUGAGCACGAUUUCUCUGACCCUGACGACGGGGCUCUCCACCAUGACAUCGAGAUCGCCGAUGUCGUGUUCCAUCCCAAUCAUGUGAACAGCGAGAACUAUAACGACCUGGCCCUCCUCAGGCUGGCCCACCCGGUGCCUCCUAGGGACACAAUCAUGCCCGUCUGCCUGCCCUGGGGAAGUGAGAUGCUACGGGACUUGAUCGGCCGGGACCUCACCUACACCGGAUGGGGCGACACGCAGUUCGGCGGCAUGCGGAGUCCGGUGCUGAUGGAGUUGAACAUGACUCUGUUCCCAUCGCAGACGUGCGACGAGUCGUACAGCACCCUGCUGAGUUACAUCAACUACCCUCGAGGCAUCGACGAUUCCUUCCUCUGUCUGGGCCACCCGGACGGAGGUAAGUCCGCUUGUCAGGGUGACUCCGGUGGGCCGCUGGUGUACAAGGAGGGUGGAGUGUAUCUGCUGGCGGGCGCUAUCUCCCGCGGACAUGGCUGCGGACACCCACUUUACCCCGGCGUUCACACCAACCUGCGGCAGCGGGAACACAUGCAGUGGAUCAAGGACACCAUCUGGCCCCAGGCGCAGGACGGAGCGACAACGACAGCGGCGCCUGCCAGGCGAUAAGAAGGAUGCAGUGAUAUACUUAUCUGCCUACGGCUACACACACACACACACACACACACACACACACACACACACACACACAAACACACAUUUUAAUAACUGGGUAGUUACUCAAGGUAAUUAUUCUAAUAAACUUGACUUACGCCUCGAGCUCACAAUUUGAUCAACUCUAGUAUUUUCUGCCAGCCACGCGGUGCAAUCAACUAUUUCAAGAGCUCCUUGAUUGUGGCAAGAUAUGUUGCCAUAUUAGGCUUUAAAUUGUGGUUACAUAUAUUUUAUUACAAUUUUGUAUUUAUUUAUAAAUUUCUUUGAUUAUUCACUUAUUGUGUGUAGUUAUUUAAUCUGUAAUUAAGAAUUAAAAAUCUUUACCUCCA